AUGAAAAGAUUAUCAAGUUUAUAUACAGUUGGUAAAUACCAUUGUCAAUUCUUUGGAUUAUCACCAACAGGUAGUGUUGGAUUUCAACAGCAGAAUAAUAAUCAUGAGCGUUAUGGAUUGACAAGUUCGGCAUCAUUGUCAAAGUUGGGUUCAAAUGGUGGUUCAUUAAUGUCUUUAAAGAAUGGUUCAACUAGACACUACUUUAAGAAUACUUCAAAUUUGUUUGAUAGUAUCUCAAAGAAAAAGGUUAGUGCUGCAUCUAGUGUUUCACACUCUACCACUAUACUGUCGUCCAAGGAAUUGGAUGAUCUAUUGCAUCAAGCUAGUGCAUUGGUGGAUCAAGGUUCUACUGAAGAGUCGAUUAGUCUAUUGUCAGAGGCUAUUGAAUCGUGUCCAGCGGAUCCACGAGCCUAUGGUCUACGUGCCGAUCUCUACGAACACACUCGUCAAUAUCAACAAGCCAUACCAGACUAUAGAAAGGUGGUAGAGUUGCUACCAGAGAGUAUCCCUGCACUCUCUUCGUUGGCCGAUUGCUAUGCUUCGCUCGACGACUAUGCCACUGCCAAGAAAUUGUUGGAGCAAGCUGUUGCCCUUGACAAGGACUAUCUCCCAGCUCUUGGAUCGUUGGGUGAUUUGCAUGUAAAGACUGGUACACUCGAUCGUGCUCUCAAGUACUAUGAACGUGUCGUAGAGUUGCAACCACACAAUCUCAACGGUCUACUUGGUCUUGGACACGUUGCCUUGAAGCAAGGCAGCACAGAUAGUGCCGUCAAGUUGUACCAACGCGUUGUUCGUUUGGGUGCCUCGCAAGCAGAGUCACUCAACUAUGCCACCGGCGUAGACACCAACUUGAUGCGUCUCAAAAAGUCGGCAGAAUACAACCCAAUCUACUCGGCCUCUAUCUGUCUGGCCAAUAUCCACGAAAGACACGGUCGAUUUGACAAUGCUUUGGAAGCUAUCAACACGGCCAUCAAGAUACAUCCAGGCAGUGUCUAUGCACACAGCAUCUGUGCCUCUAUCCAUCUCCGCAACAAAGAGCCACUCAAAGCCAUCGAUACAAUCGACAGUGCUCUUCGUGUCGAUCCAAACAAUGAAUUUGCCAAAACUAUCCGUGCCGAUGCCUUGAUGGAUAUGAAUCGUUUCAAGGAAUCGAUUGGAUUGUACCGCGAGGUCAUUGCCAACAUUAUGGAACGUGAUCGUCCCGACGAAGUAAACACCCGUAUAGCAAUCCUCCACAACAUGAUUGCAGCCUAUAUUGCACAACUCGGUGCUCUCACCGACUCACCACUCGACAUUGAAUCCGAUUUGGAUCUCGAAAAGGAAUCGUUGGCCGAAAUCCUUGGUUGUCCAGAAAACCUCCAAGACCUCUCAAAGAAUGCUCGUCGUCUCACCAAGAUCUUGGGACAAUUGAGUAUAGUCACUGGCCAAGAGGAAUCAGAUUCCAAACGUUAUCUUUUGGCCCUCAUCGAUGCCCUCAACCACUUGGCUCUCACUGCCAACGAAUGUUUGUUGAUAAGACACAACACCAAAAUCGAUAUCGACAAGGAAUCCCUUUUAAAUCCAAUGGAAUCUAUUUUAUAUGAUUAUUAUUCAAUGUUAACUUCUGCAUUUGGUACAACUGAUUAA